AUGACCUUAAUUGGGGUAGCCAAGGCUGCGGCCUUGCGGUGGAUCGAAAGUCAGCAGGAGUGGCUUUCAGAUUUCCACCAGGAAAUUUGGAAUUACGCCGAACCCGCCUACCGGGAGUACCGGUCCGCCCGCGCCUUCGUGGACCUGUUACGGCAACACGGUUUCGAAGUGGAAGAGGGCUCCGGAGAAAUGCCGACCGCCUUCUGCGCCACCUGGGGCCAGGGAGGGCCAACACUGGCAACCUUUGCGGAGUACGACGCGGUGCCCGGCAACUCCCAGCAACCGGUUCCCUACCAGGCGCCCCGGGAGGGGCUCCAUCCCUGGGCCGCCGGCCAUACUGACCCCCAUUCCUCCUUGGGAGUGGCAGCACUGAUGGGGAUUUUGGGCGCCAAGGCGGCCAUGGAGGCUCGCGGCCUUUCCGGAACCCUGCGAAUAUUUGGCGAACCGGCGGAGAAAAUCUGCGGGUCCAAGCCGGUGCACGCCGCCAAGGGCUACUAUGACGAUCUGGACGCCGCCGUGGUCUAUCAUCCCCAUACCACCAACACCGUUGCCUGGGAAACCCACUGCGGUUCCUACUGGAGCGUAGUCUUCACUUUCGAGUGCCUGGAACCGGAAAAGUGGAUGGAUUCCAGCUUGCUGGCUGCGCCGGACCGUCCUCAUACGGUGGCCCGCUGCCCCGGGGCCCUUGACGCCGUUUGCCUGAUGUACACCAAUACCAAGUACACCAAGGAAUCCAUGUUUCCCCAUACCGGCACCUGGACCCUCAACGAAUACAUACUGGCCGGCGGGCAAUGCACCUCCGACAACCUGCCGCCGCGGUUCAGCCAAAUCCAGUACGCCUGGCGGUCGCCCACCCUGGAUAUUCAGGACCGCAUUUACCAGGUGCUGGAACGCAACGCCCGCCAUGCCGCAGAGGUCACCGGCUGCGUCGUAACGCCCCGCUGGGUGACCAAGACCCGGGUGGGCCUGCCCAACCUGGCCCUGUCUGAGCUAACCUACAGGAACCUGGAACUGUUGGGCCCUCCGAUUUUCGGAGAUGAAGCUCGCAAGUUUGCCCGGGCUAUUCAGGAAAACCUGGGAUUGCCGCCCGCUGACGAGCCCUUCACUGACGACAAUCUGCGGCUGCAGACGCCUCAGGACUAUGAUGCGGCGCAACAGCGUAGCCUGCCGCCCUGGCAGCACAACUUCACCUCCGAUGACUACGUCGAAUACACCUGGCACGCUCCCACCGCCCGCUUGCAUACUUCUCGGCCACGCCUCCGGCCUCCUGAAAGUGGGUUCACCUAUCCCAUGUGGACUUUGAACGCCAUGGGGGGAGUUCCCGGCUGUAUUGACCCAGGGAUGUUUGUUGCCGGCAAGACCAUUGCUGCCACUUUGACGGAUUUGCUAACCAUCCCGUCGACAUUGGAAAAGGCUCAAGCUGAAUUUCGGGAAAGGACGGGCGGCGGGGUCGGUGGGGAGAAAUGGGUGGCCCCGCUGUUGGCGGAAGACUUUGUUCCACCCGUGGACCUGCGCUGGCCCGAAUACGUGGAGACUCCUCGCGGUAUGGAAUGGUGGAUUCCAACUCCGCUGGCGUGA